AUGUCAACAUUUCCCAGUUCAGCCGUUCUCAGUUUUCCAGAGAGUCCAGUUUUGGAGGCACUGCGCAAAAAUGAUCGCCUACACUGUUGUGAUACUUCUCGUGGCUUCCACGUUCAGUACGGCAGAUGCCCUGAACUGUCUGGAGUGCACCAGUACGGACGAGACCUCGCUCUGUGCCAGUGAUCCGUGGAACGGUGCGGAGACAUCUGCCUGUCCUGAAGAUUAUAACAGGUGUAUGACCGUCAGACUGGACCUGAACGGCAACUUGACGAUCUCUCGGGCAUGCGCCACCUCUGAGAACUGCUCGGCCCCGAACCCGUGUUGGGGAGUGAUCGGGUCCUGCUCGGUCAACAGGCAGCUCUACUGCUGUAACACCGACGUCUGCAACGACCAUCUCACGCGACCAAUCACAGACUCGGCUGAGGAGAGCCCGACGACGUCAUCACCAACUCAAACCCUGAUUGGCGGUGAUAUGGAUGUUGCAACGACCAGUCUCCCACCCUCUGGAGUGACAGUCACCGGAGGAGGAGCUUACAGCAGCUUUGGCGGAGUCUUGUCCUUUUUGCUACCAGCUGUUGCCCUUUUCAUCACGAACCGUGACACUUAACUUUUGCCGGCCACUCCAUGAGAAUAUUAAUUAGUUUG